AUGUCAACUUAUGGAACGCGGCGGUUAGGGCGCGACGUGCCUGCUCUCGCCUCUUCGCGGCGCAGACGAGAUGCUGAAACGGAGGAGGACUCAGACCCACAAGAUGUGCAGCUCAACGAUCCUCAAGAAGCUGCACACUCCGAUCAACGUGCUGCGGCGUUUAUGCGGUCGUAUAGAUUGAUCACUGUCAAUGACACGGCACGCAAGCAAGCUCAGCAAAUAGGCGAUGCCGAGAUCAAGAAGAAAGCCGCCGAGCUUGUCCGAUAUGCGCUUGCCUGCGAGUAUCAACGCACUUCCAUCCGUAAAGAGGAUAUACGCACCAAGGUGCUCGACGAAAAGACCAGCCGUCUGUUUGGGCUAGUCUUCAAUGCUGCUCAAGAGAUGCUGUACCGCACAUUUGGGUUCCACAUGGUCGAGGUGCGUGCCAAAGGAGCCGACAAUGCCGAAUUGACAAGGCAGGCGCAGGAGGUGCUCCGAGCAGCAGCAUCGUCUGCGAAUGGACUUCGGUCACGCGAAAAGCAACCAGAUGAAUCUUGUGCUACGGAUGGGGGAUUGGGCACCAACAUCUGGAUACUACAGUCGGCUUUUUCACCAGACUUGAUCAAGGAGCUCGUGAGCGUCGAUGACGAGCUCACCAAGGCCUACGCGUCGACGAGCGAGCCUACAUGGACCUCUGAUCGCAGGCGACAAGCAGCGAGCUUAGCAAAGUCUGCCGUCGACUGGAAGCGUGCCGAUCGCCAAGACGGUGAAAUGGGUCUGCUGUACGUCAUCUUGGCCCUCAUCCUCGUCAACGGACGCACAAUCACCGACGCCACGCUCCACAUGUACCUGCGACGCAUCCAUCUCACUUCCCACACCCCUCUCCCGGCUGCCUUGCGUGGUACAGGCCCGGCGCAGGGCUCAGGCUCGACAGGCUCGCAGAGUACACAAACGCAGUCAAGAGCUCGGGCAACGCAGGGCACGCUCGAAGGCUUUAUGAAUGCCAUGAUCAAGCAAUCAUACCUGGAGAAGCAACGUUCCGAUAUCGGGAUCGACCACAUGACUGCCGCAGUGAAUCAAGCUCAGGCGCAGGGUAGGAGACGAGGGCGCACCAGUGGUGCAGGAGGCCGUGCUAACAAUGCCGAUGAUGAAUCGACAGUGUGGGAGUGGAGAUGGGGCAGCCGAGCCGAGGCAGAGAUCGGGGAGAAAAAGGUCGCCGAGCUGAUUUCGCUGCUAUUUACGGAUCCUUCGGUAGCGCAAGAUGGCGUUCAAGGUGCGGAAGAGGAAGACGAAGAGACGCAAGCUAUCGAUCAGGACCGACUUGCCAAGCGCCGCAAGAUGUUGCUCACCAACAUUGCCUCCGUAGCUGGCUCGCAGCUGAUCGACUAA